CGUAAACACUCCCUCUUUGCUGGCAGACUUUCACAAUUAGGAGUCAACAACUACUAGCUGACCUUCAGUUAACAUCCCAGGAUUGAAAGUUUCAGAGCGUCACUAGAGCAGCAUGUCCGUAUCAACAGGCGCGGCCCUUCUGUGGAUUUUACUUCUUACAUUCACUGUCUCCACCGUGUCAGGGGCCCAGAAGUUGACUCUCACUGCUGAAUCUGGAGCCACCAUAAACAUCAGAAAUAAUAAUAAAGUCAAAGGUUGCCAAGUGUGUACAGGAUUACUUAUUAAAAAAUGCAACGCUGAAUCUCUGAAUUAUUUAAAAGGAAGUACUGUGGAAUUGAGAUGCUCCAGACCUCAAGAUGUAUUCAGUAUAGAAAUUGUACGGCGUAUAACUUGCACCACAAAGUCAUGCAGUGGUCACAUCAUCCAGACGGACUUCAGCUCAAUUGAUGCGCUGCGUUUUAACCGCACGUUUACCUGGAAUCUAGUGGCCGCAGCGCCAAAAGCUUUCCAAAUAGAUUUCACUAAGACGGGUCUUAAACAGAUCAAUCCAUCUGAGAAAUGUCCAGACAGACACACCUACACCCUCCAGGCCUUCCAGUCUACGGGCAAUGUGGCUGUGGAGCAGUACUGCAGAAGUGGCACCAUCAGCACUGCUCUGAUUUUGAAAAGCGGCAGCUUUUCUGUGGACGUCCCAGCAGAGCAGAAGCUGCAAAAUGACAAGUUUGAUGUGACUGUGGGGGAAAAAAUCAAGUGGCCCCAGAAGUUGACUCUCACUGCUGAACCUGGAGCCACCAUAAACAUCAGAAAUAGUAAUAAAGUCAAAGAUUGCCAAGUGUGUACAGGAUCACUUAUUAAAAAAUGCAAUGCUGAAUCUCUGAACUCAUUCAGUGGAAGUACUGUGUCAGUGGAACUUGAAUGCUCCAGACCUCAAGAUGUAUUCAGUAUAGAAAUUGUACGGCGUAUAAAUUGCACCACGGAGUCAUGCAGUGGUCACAUCAUCCAGACGGACUCCAACUCGAUUGAUGCGCUGCGUUUUAACCGCACAUUUACCUGGAAUCUAACGGCCGCAGCGCCAAAAGCUUUCCAAAUAAAUUUCACUAAGACGGGUCUUAAACAGAUCAAUCCAUCUGAGAAAUGUCCAGACAGACACACCUACACCCUCCAGGCCUUCCAGUCUACGGGCAAUGUGGCUGUGGGGAAGUACUGCAGAAGUGGCACCAUCAGCACUGCUCUGAUUUUGAAAAGCGGCAGCUUUUCUGUGGACGUCCCAGCAGAGCAGAAGCUGCAAAAUGACAAGUUUGAUGUGACUGUGGGGGAAAAAAUCAAGUCUCUUGCCCGAAUUUCUCUGACUUUACCAAAAGGGACCUCUUCCUCAGAGCUGCUCUCGCCGGACUACCCGGAGAGUUUCCCUGAUGACGACACCAUGGGGUGGUACUUUCGGGUCCCAGAGAAACACAGGGUUGAUGUUCAGUUUCUAAACCUCACACAGCCAGAUUGUGUGAAGAAGGAAGUAGCAGUGGAGUACCACCAGAAAGACAGGGUGACAUCAGUUCUGGGACUAAAUGACACACAGCCGCUCCAGAAGCAGGGAGACUUUUUGCUCACGCUGAGGAACUGCGAGAUGGAGAGAGCACCUGCUGAUUCUCCUGGACUCACCUUCACCCUCAAGCACUUUUAACCAUCCUGGGUGUAGUGGCUACUCUGCUGGUCAUUUCUGUCAUAGUGCUAGUUGUAAUGAUUAGGAAGAAGAAGAAGAAAAAAC